UUGAUGUAAAUAUUGUGUGAUUUAUUGACUGAAAUAUUGGUUUGGAAACUGAAAUUAUUUAGUAGAAGACAAUGAUCAACUGUGCUGUUAUUGUUCCUUUGUUAUUCUUUUAUGUAUAUUUGCACGUUUGAUAAUAAUAUUUUACAAGGGUGGUAUUUUCGAAACUCUUAAAGAACAAGUGUUAUUGCAUUAAAUGUACAGAUAUGGAAAUUAUGAAUAGUGUAUAAAGGAUAUGGAUCUAGGGCAGUAAAUAUGACGUCAGACAGUAAUGUCAAACAGUAAUUCCAAGUAUUGUAAAUUUAAAUCUUCUUUUUAUUUUGGAAUAUUGUAAAAAAUGUUCAGCGAUCGCCAGUUGCCUCAUGCAAGAUACGAAUUGCUCAUUGAAAAUAAACGAACCGGAUUAAACUACAAUCGAGCCAUCAAAGCAGGAGGCAUAAUUGCAGCAGUUGUCAUAAUCACAUGUUUAACUGCUUAUAUUUCUUGGAAAAGUCUGAAGUCAUUUCAUGACAGAGAAUUUGUGAAGAAGCUUUGGGAAUUAAAUUUAAAUAAUAGUGACUCAGUUGAAUGGCUGAAGCAAAGAGCUGAACUAUAUGGGCUUGCUGUGAAGCAGUACUUGGAUUCCAAUCAGUCUCACACAUUUACAGCAGUUCCACCAGUUAUAACCAACAAAUCACCAUCAAGUAAUAUAAAAGCAAAAACAUUCAGACUUGUUUGCUAUUAUUCACUUCCAAACAGUGGAAUUGGGGGUGAUCUGAUGCCAGAGGAGAUCAACCCAUCAUUGUGUACUCAUAUCAAUAUAGCAUUUGCUCAGAUAACAAAUGGCUCUUUGCAACCUGUUAAUUCUACGAUUUUGGGAUUGUACAAUCGUGUUGUUGCCCUCAAGUCUGGUAACCCGUCUCUCAAAGUUUUACUGAGCAUAGCAGGAAAUUCAGAGCCAGGAAGUUUCUCCACCUUGACUGCAACUCAUGCCAACAGAAAGCAAUUCAUCAAGGACGUACUUGCUGUCUUGGUUCAGUGCAAAUUAGAUGGCUUAGACUUUGACUGGGAGUUUCCUGCAUGGCAGAGUGACAAAAAGGAGCGUGUCCACUUCACACAGCUGCUUAUGGAACUGAGAGAUGAGUUGAACAGGAGACAUUCUAAUCUACUUGUUAGUGUGGCAGUGGCUUCCCCCAAGCCUAUAAUAGAUGACUCUUAUGAUGUUCCUCAGAUGGUAGAAUAUGUGGAUUAUGUAAAUGUCAUGACAUAUGAUUACCAUUUCUAUGUAUGGUAUCUUCCGAUGACUGGUUUUAAUGCCCCAUUAUACAAGCACUCUGAUGAUAUUGGAUAUUUUGCAACAUUAAAUACAAAUUGGACUGUUUCAUACUGGGAAAGCAAGGGUAUGCCCAAAGAGAAAAUAGUAGUGGGGCUGCCAACAUAUGGACACUCCUUUACGCUUGUUAACGAUGCCAACCAUGGUGUUUCAGCACCAGCUUCAGGCUUUGGUCUGCUGGGAAGUAAAGGCUUUGUUAGUUAUCCUCAGACUUGCCAGUUUGUAGCUGCAGAAGCCGCUACUGUAUUUGAUCGAGACAGUCGAGCGCCAUAUGCUUACAAAAAUACACAGUGGAUUUCAUAUGAUGAUGAAAGAAGUCUGGCUUAUAAGGCUGAAUAUGUUGCUAGUGGUGGCUAUGGAGGAGCUAUGAUUUGGGCUCUCAACAUGGAUGACUUCAAGAGUGAAUGUUCCAACUCAGGGCAAAACUGGUUUCCUCUCAUUACCAAAGUUAAAAAUGUUUUAGAAGAUGAUCAAUUAUGACAGAUGGAGCUGGGCUUAACCAAGGCCCUUGGUAUCUGAUGAUUUUUUCCCAACACUUCACCUUACAGAACGUCAUCUGUAUUCAGAGACACAAUUUCUGAAUGUAAUAUCAACAGAGUUCUGGUAUAUCUAUAUCUUGUUUGCACUUUGCUGAGCAAUUUUUCAACUCUGUUGACAGUUACAGGCUGUGUUAGAACAACAACCUAUAGAAAGAGAGGCUACACUGUUUACAAAUAUAAUUAUACAAUAAGGUUACACUUGUAUUUGGUUGCACAUUUUUAUGUUGUAUCCAUGCUACUGAAUUGAUUGUCUUCUUAAUGAUUUCUAAAUAUAUAUGAAAUGUAUUUUAUGUCCAAGUACUCUAAAGUCCUAUUUUCUUUCCUCUCCCAAUGAUUCCACAAAUUGAAAAUAUGAUGGGGCUGGUGUAUCACUUUUCUUUGAAUAUGGCCUUUGUUUCUUCAUUAAUGGUCAUGCAAAGCAUUGGAAAGGAGUACAGUAUAAAGAAACAAGUUUUAAUUCCAUAGAAUCUGUCCAAGUCCAAAAACCCUGUAUAACAUUUUGUAGCAUGUUUUUUUAUGCUGAGCAGAAACAGGCAUCCUAAAUUUGUUGAGUAUAUAUUAAAUCUUGUCCGUCUAAUCACAAUAAUUCUUAUUAAAUAUUAAAAUAUUACAAUAAUUAACAUUUAAAAUAUUAAAUGAUGUUCUUUAUCGAAAUAUUCGAUUUACAUUAAACCAUCAUUUUUCAUGUUUCACGACAUGUUUCAGUUCCUGCUUUUGUUGAGUAUGUUUUGUUAAAGUUUACCUGUGUCAUUAUUAGACUUUCACUGCUUCUUCUUUCACUUUUAUUGCCUCUAUGUAGUAUUUUAUGCACAUUCCACCUGGUUAUGUGUCACAUUAGCGUACCACUAAACUGUUAACCACAGAUUUAAAGUCUAACCAGCAGGCCCUUAUUGUGGAGGUUUGAUUUAGUUUUUCCUGUAUGAUAAAUGUUAAAUGUCAGUUUAAACCUGAAGGCUGAAUGGACAUGGUGAAAUGGGCUAAUAUAAUAAUUUUUGAUUGGAGAAACAGUUACAUGUACCUGUAGAACUGUUUGGUGAAUACAUAAUUGCUAUCUCACAGAUCAUGAAUUUUCAAUUGCUGCUUUUAAUAAAAUAUUGCUUGAAGGGCCUAGGAUAUACAGAGGUGUCUUUGUAUUUUGUGAAAGCUGCCUUCUGCUCUGUUCUUGAUUAGCAUUGCUGAAACAGGCAGAACUCUUCAAUUAAGUAUACAGUAUUAUUAUUUAACAUUUAAUUGCUGUUUGGGGUAACAUCUUCUCCAUAAGUGAUAUUUAAGUAUUACAUGAUAAACAUGGAAUUCCCAUUACCUUUUCUUUCUCGGGCCAAAAAUUAUAGGUUUUACACAGUUUUCUAGUCAGAAGAAAAAUAUAUUUAAGAACUCAAACCAGUUUAAUUGAAAGGGCAUGUUUUGACUUUUUGAUUUGCUUUGUUUAAUACUAUAAAUCAUGAUUAAUUGUAUUGUUCUAUAAACUGUGAUUUCUCUAUGCACUCUGCCUGCCCCACUGUGUAAUUUUAACUGUUUAUGUUUAUUUUGUGAAUAUACUAUAUGUUAUAUCAGGUGCCAGAAAAAUCAUCAAAACUUUGAUCUGUGCUCUUACAAUAGCUGCACUUAAGACAGGUUCAUUGUAUUUUGUGUGGAAUUCACUUUAUUAUUUUAAUGUGAAGCAAACAGUAUAUGGAAAGAGCCAAGUACUUUCAUAUGAUAAUGUGCAUAUUCACUGUGCAGAAACAGUAUAGGAAAUUAAAACCUUUUCUUGAUUAAUACAUGUUUAUCUCUUAGAUAAACCAAUUUAUAUUAUUUUAGGCACACAAAUAAGAAGCACAGGUAGGUACACAAAUUUACAGUUUUUGUAUCAGAAAACUUACAUAAUUUCAAAGUUGUCUGUUUGUUUUAAAAUCAAAGUACUGUGCCCGCCAAUUUAACUAACCACUUCAGUAAUAUUUCCAUAUGAAUUUAAAUAUAUAGGCUGUAGAUCUUGUGUUUAUUAACUGUAAUAGGCACUAUGCACAAAUCUUGCUGUUUUUCCAUUGUCAACCAGACAUUAUUUCAGUUCUAAAGGGUUCUGACAAUGGUAGAUUAAUUAUUCACUAUCUGGACUUUUCCAUCAUCCUUGUUUAAAAGAAAGAAACCACGACGGUUUGGAAACUGGCUCUGUUUCCGUCUUCAGGCGAGACGUACCUACUCAGUUGGGUCUGUCAGAAAGAGCUAGUCCAGUGAUAGAGACUAUCUGUUUCUGAUGGACCCAACUGAGUAGGUACCUUCUUGUUUGAAGACAGAAACAGAGCCAGUUUCGGAAACAUUGUGGUUUCUUUUAAAGACGAUGGUAAAAGUCCAGAUAGAAAUUAAUUUUAAGCAUACAUUAUUUCCUUUGCCUUCAAUAUACACUGCAGUAUUAGGGUGUAAGUAUAGUGUAUUUUUAUUUUGGCAUGAGAGAAUGUACUAUUGUCUUAAAGCUAUCAGUAGAUUAACUAAACUGUAUCAGUCACACCCCGAUACUAAUAAGUGCUGAUUUGUAGACUGGUUAAAUAGAGGAUGUGUAAUAAAUAUACCCAUUGAUGGAUACAGUAUUUAUGUUUAUAUAGAAAUGUUUCAGAUGUGUAUGAUAUUAUAACCAUUUAGAGCAAUUUUAUGUAUUCAUUAGUGCUAGUUCUUCACUUUUGUGAAUAGAGUUGAAAUUUUCUGUUUAAAGGCCUUGUCUCUGAUCUAGCACUUGGCUGAUAUCAGAGUAUGAUAGUAGGGUAUUUAUAAUAAUUUAGUGAAUAAACUGUUGUUUGUAAGUUCAAUGAAAAUCUCCAAAAGUUAUCCUAUUUUAUAACAUUCUACAGCAUGUAGUAUCCUCUGUUUCAUAAUAAGGGUUUUAUAUAGGUAAAUUAGAUGAAUUCUUUUUAUGACAGACUUGUAGUUAUUUAUUCAGGCAUCUAUUUUUAUGCAGAUAUUUCAUUAUAUAUUCUAUAUCAGUUAAAAUUACAGUGAUAAAUAUUUAAAUGUUUGUAUUUAGGGAUGUAUUUGUGUGGUGAUGAUUUUUUUUAAAGUCUAAAGCUAUUUUCAGCAUACUCUGUGGUUUGAAUUGCUUGAGGGAAUGAGAAUACAAAUAAUGAUAGUCAUUUAAAAAUCAUACCUUAGACUGUGUAAUUAAGACUAAACAGAGUGAUAGCAUACAAGCUUUAUUUUGCUAUAUAUUUAUAGUCCUUUAUAGGUUAUAGGUAUGAUAAAUCCAAAGUGUUGAUUUAUAUGUGAAAUAAUUAUAAUAAUUGUUGUAUUAAGAUACAGAUUAGAUGUCCUGUGGACUGAAGAUAAUGUAUGAAAUUAUAAUGUGAACAUCUAUGCAUACUAUUGUGAUAUAAUUUGCCAGUAGAGUAUUUCUUUUGUAACUCACAUAAGUAGAUAUAGAUUUUAGUUUCAUAAAUAUCACUGGAUAUUCUUCAGAAGAGCAUAAUACUAUAGUAAGUGGAUAGAUACAUGUGAAGGAAUUCAGGCUACUAUUAAAUUUGAUCUGUGAACAGUGUUAAUCAUUAAGAUCAGUCCAUGCAUCACCUUGAAAGUGAUAAAAGUCCUGCGAGAUGAUUCUUGACCAAUAAGUGGCAAGUCUAUCAGUAUUUUUCUGAGCCUCUGGACAGAUUAUGUGAGCUAACAUUUCCUCCAGCAGUUGUCCCAUUGUUACAGCUUCAUGUAUGAAAUGUCAACCCAGAAUAAGAAAAUGCUUGGGAAGUCAAAAAAUAUUGAUUCUACUUAGAGUUAUGAAAGACCUGGAAAGAAUGAUUAUGAUGAUAAUUAGUGGUUGGCAUGAUGAAUUGCAGAUGUAAAGUAUGAACUCUCACUGCCAUUCAUCACCAGAGAUUGAAGAAGUUUAACAAACUUUUUAAUCAUACACUUUCCAACUGUAGUUGUAACUUUUGGGUCAGUUGGUCUGAAAUGUUAUAACAGUAGUAUAAAAGAUUACUAUUUUAUUCUAAUAGUUCCUCUUCUUACUGUCUUCCAUUGUUCACAUGGGCAGUGUCAAAUAAAGUGUGUAAAGAUAA